AUGGUAGAGUUAGCUUUAACUCCUACGUGUGUGUCGGUGUGUGUGUCUGUGUCCGUGUCUUGUGUGUCGGUGUGUGUGUCUGUGUCCGUGUCUUGUGUGUCGGUGUGUGUGUCUGUGUCCGUGUCUUGUGUGUCGGUGUGUGUGUCUGUGUCCGUGUCUUGUGUGUCGGUGUGUGUGUCUGUGUCCGUGUCUUGUGUGUCGGUGUGUGUGUCUGUGUCCGUGUCUUGUGUGUCGGUGUGUGUGUCUGUGUCCGUGUCUUGUGUGUCGGUGUGUGUGUCUGUGUCCGUGUCUUGUGUGUCGGUGUGUGUGUCUGUGUCCGUGUCUUGUGUGUCGGUGUGUGUGUCUGUGUCCGUGUCUUGUGUGUCGGUGUGUGUGUCUGUGUCCGUGUCUUGUGUGUCGGUGUGUGUGUCUGUGUCCGUGUCUUGUGUGUCGGUGUGUGUGUCUGUGUCCGUGUCUUGUGUGUCGGUGUGUGUGUCUGUGUCCGUGUCUUGUGUGUCGGUGUGUGUGUCUGUGUCCGUGUCUUGUGUGUCGGUGUGUGUGUCUGUGUCCGUGUCUUGUGUGUCGGUGUGUGUGUCUGUGUCCGUGUCUUGUGUGUCGGUGUGUGUGUCUGUGUCCGUGUCUUGUGUGUCGGUGUGUGUGUCUGUGUCCGUGUCUUGUGUGUCGGUGUGUGUGUCUGUGUCCGUGUCUUGUGUGUCGGUGUGUGUGUCUGUGUCCGUGUCUUGUGUGUCGGUGUGUGUGUCUGUGUCCGUGUCUUGUGUGUCGGUGUGUGUGUCUGUGUCCGUGUCUUGUGUGUCGGUGUGUGUGUCUGUGUCCGUGUCUUGUGUGUCGGUGUGUGUGUCUGUGUCCGUGUCUUGUGUGUCGGUGUGUGUGUCUGUGUCCGUGUCUUGUGUGUCGGUGUGUGUGUCUGUGUCCGUGUCUUGUGUGUCGGUGUGUGUGUCUGUGUCCGUGUCUUGUGUGUCGGUGUGUGUGUCUGUGUCCGUGUCUUGUGUGUCGGUGUGUGUGUCUGUGUCCGUGUCUUGUGUGUCGGUGUGUGUGUCUGUGUCCGUGUCUUGUGUGUCGGUGUGUGUGUCUGUGUCCGUGUCUUGUGUGUCGGUGUGUGUGUCUGUGUCCGUGUCUGGUUUCGGGAAAAUUGGGAAUUUGGGUGAUUUUGAUGCGUUUGAUGGUUGCAUGUUGAAAUAA